UAAUUAUAGCAUAAAACAAGUUCGGAACUGUCUGCCCCCAUAUUUGCGCGAGUCCUUUUUUUGGCUUAUGCGCACGCACGCACGCUGAUGUUCGCUGGCGGUUCACGGUUUAUGUAUUCUGCUGCUAUUUGCUGCACUAGUUGCCAAGGCGUAUAUACUGUUUCCAGUGACUCCUACUGAGUAUAGCGUACCUAGAGGCCUGGCUACUGUAAGAAAGGACCUGUCGUUGUUGGGCCGAGUCAGUCGGGAGUAGUGAAUAUCCACGGCUUACCGCCAAUCGCGGUCCCUUGUGAGAAGGCCGCUCGCUAGAAGCCAGGAUGCCUUUCAGUCAGUAUUUCUGUUGCAGCGUUUCAAGGGCAAAGGUCGAUGCUAAUGGCAAUUUGCAGCCGUAUCCAAGGCGGUCAGUUGACAGCAUUGGCACGCCUGCUGCAAGCGCUCUUCACGAGGGCACCCAAGGCAGGGCUUCAACGUCAGGACCCAUACAAGCCUUAAAAGCCUCAGCUUUGGUGACCACGGAGGGUUAUCUACCUGACGACCUUUCAGUCCCAUCGCCAUUCAUCCGUGGAAGCGCAACAAGCUCUAUUGGUGUGAUUACCGAAGACGCCGCGGACGCAAUCCAUUGCGCUUAUAACUCAAAAUGCAUCGGCGCUUCGGCCGUAGUCCGCCCGACACGCGUUUCCAUGGAGCUGACCAGGAUGCCUGAAAGCCACAUGCCCGCUAGUCCGUCGGACCCAGUCGCUGAAAGCUUGCCAGACACGGAUGGCCGCCCUUCUCGCUUGAAGUUUCGCCUCUUCCGCGGCCGAAAGCUGGCAGGCAGGGGCGAGCGCGGCCCGGCGCCACAUGGCACGAUGCCAACAACGUCUCAGUCCGUGGGAGGCAGGGAACCCAGCACCGACAAUUCAGACACAGGCUCUUUGAAAGAGCCGUACGACGAUUUUCACGUGGACCGUACGGCAAACAACUGCCCCGCCCCUGUUCCUCCCCCUCCCCUUUGUGCUCCAAGAACUCUCAACCCUCCACGACAACCGCCAAACCCAACCAACCCAACCACCAACCGCCACAACCCAGUUGAGGAGGCCAGCAAGGCGAUAGGACCGGCAGCAGCAGCGGCGUCAGCAGCCGCCACCCUCGGCCUUGGAGGCCAACAGUACCGCCGCCGACCCAGAUCGGCAUACCACAGCGUUCCAUUGCCGUGCGCUGGCGCCGACAUCGGCGGCGAUGCGGCUACUGCCGUACCGGGACGUGCGGCCGCCGCCGCCGCGGCGGCGGCAGCGGCGGUAAUCCUGCCCGCCGGUACAUUGUCCGUCUGUGUCGGAGCUGACAUGGACAGACUACAGGCUAGCAGUGGAGCAAGCAGCGGUAGCGGAACGGGUGACACGGUUUGCGGCGUUGGGUACGGCACCCCAGCGGAUGCCAAUGCUGUUGCCACGGCGGCCGACGGGGCCGUGGGCUCUGUUUUCCGUACGGCCGCCGCCGUCGCCGCCACCGCUGCUGCCGCCGCCGCCACAGCCCCUGAAGGCCCUGACGGCGUUAUUCGUGGCACCGGAGCUGCUGGAGGUGGGGCUUUGUAUUCAGGAUUAGCGGAAUGUACGAACUUGUACGGCGCUGGCGUUGGUACGGCAGCAGCGAAUGGAGCGACAGCGGGGGCUGCUGCUUCUGCGACAGCUCUUGCCCCGCAAGACGGCAGUAACUCGUCCCCCUUGUUUAGUCUGUCGUUCGGCGGUCGGUCAAAACUGCCGUACCAAGCGUCUCGUCACAUGUCGCAGGUGGCCUUCCUGCAGAUGUAUCAUAGCCAUGUCGUUGCCAACAAUGCGGCCGGCAAUGAAUCGCAGCAGCAGCCAGCACCGCUGGUGCUGAUGCCGCCCAUGUUGUUGGAAUCCCUGAACCUGACAGCCCUGUCGCGGGAGAUCACAGCGCUCCGGUGGAUCGGUCAAGGCGGCGGUGGCGCGGUGUUCCAGGGCGUGUGGCAGGGCGCCCCUGUGGCGGUCAAGUUCCUUCUCACGGACCCCGCUGGGGUGGAGGCGGGGGCAGCAGCAGCAGCCGUCGGAGGGGACGCGGCGGCGGCGACGCAGGCCGUCGCGGCGCAUGCGGCAGCCAUUGAAGGCGUCUUGAGCACUGUGGUCAACCACCCCAAUGUGGUACAUACGUACGCAUUCGAGUGCACUCGCCUCACGGAGGCUUCCUUUGCGGCGGCUCUGCCGUCAGGCGGGGGAUCUGGAGACGUCGGAGAAGGGGAGGCUGAGGCGUUACUUUACGGAAGGCAGCAAACCCGACAACUGUUGCCCGAGCAGCAGGGUAGCAAGGAUUUGUUUGAAACGCUGCUAGAGGAGGAGGAAGACGUCGUGAGGGAGGCGGCGGAAUGCGAGGGGGCAGCGGCGGCGGCGGCACAGCAACAACAGCAACCGAACAACCAACAAAACCAACCGAACGCUUACUCGCACCUCAACCUCCAACUUAACCGGCCUGGUGUGCUCGAAGCUACCUUCCAAUCCGACGAGGGUUUCGGAGAUCCGGACAUUGCCAGCUGCACCCGCGGAUGGACUGUACGGCACGUGUUGUCGUACAUGAAGGCUCGUCCCGGCAUGUACCUGACUCACAUCAUCAUGGAGUACUGUGACCGAGGCUCCCUGCUCUCCGCCAUCAAGCGGGGUAUCUUUCGCAUGCCUGGGGACGACAUGCCUGCUGCUGCUGCUGGUGGAAGCAAUGGCGGCAGCGGCAGUGGUGGUGGUGGUGGUGGUGGUGGUGGUAGCAGUACCUCUGCUGCUGCUUCACAGUCUCAGCAGCAGCAGCAGCAGAACGUCCACAGCUCCCAUCAGGCUCAUCAGGCACAGCAGCGGUUCUCCCAGCGAGUAGUGCUGCGUGCCGUGCUGCGAACUGCACGAGACGUGGCUCAGGGUAUGUGCCACCUGCACGCCAACGGCAUUAUUCACGGCGACCUCAAGCCUGGCAAUGUGCUGCUGCGGGGCUGCAGAAGCGACAGAAGGGGAUUCGUAGCCAUGGUUGCGGACUUUGGCCUCAGCAAGGUGACUCAAGGCGACAAGCCUCUGGAGCUGAACCACUGGUCCACCGUGACGGUGAUGGCGCCCGAGGUGAUCCUGGGCAGGUGGAGCAAGGCGUCGGACGUGUUUUCCUUUGGCAUCCUGCUGUGGCAGUUGGUCACGAGUGAGCCCGUGCCGUACUCAAAGCUAACGGUACCGCAGAUCCUCAUCGGCGUGUCACAAGGCUCGCUCACCCCCACCUGGCCCCCCUCCGCGCACCCCGCCCUGGUCCGACUGGGUCGCGCCUGCCUCGCAACCAAUCCGGAAAAGAGACCCAGCUUCGAGGCGAUCGUGAAGGUGCUUACAAAGAUUGAGAAGAAUGUCCGAAACGAGCUUAGGUUUCAUCCCCAUCAGCAGCAGCGGUAGCUGUAAUGACAUCAGCAGCAGCGGUGUUUGUGGCAAGAACAGCAGCGGUAGCCAUGCAUAGCAGCAACGGUUUCAGGACCAGGGGCAGCAGCAGCGCUGUCAGCAACGGCAACUGCGAAGCAGCAGCAGUGUCAGUAACUGCAAUGACAUCAGCAGCUGCGGCAGCUGUACUAACACAUGGCGGGCAAGAAACGCAGCAUCAAACGUACCGGCGACAUAGCGGCAGCAGGUGAACGGAGAGAGAUGAAGCUGCAGUAGAGGCAGCAACGAAUGUGAGGAAGUGAGGACUAGGCAGGGAUGAGGCAUCGAAUUUAUCGGUGUUGGUUGGAGCUGGGGGAAUAGCAAAAACACUCAUUCUUGCACUAUUCCAAAUACGAUAUGUAUCAGCUGGUUGGAGUGGCUGAAAUGGGUGGGGAAGAAGCGGUGUGGCGGAGGUUGGGGUGUGGGGUUGCUGUACGGGCGAGUACGGGGGGGACGAGUAAACAAUAAAUCCUUGCUUUGUUGCUCUGUCGCAGCAUUCCUGCUGAUGUGGCUUGAAUGGAUGAUGCCGGGUGCGUGAGUAUUUUCUUGAUAAUAACCGUCCUGCGGCGCGCGCUGCAUUCUAUUCUUACUUGCAACUGAUGUCUUGCACAUGGCAAAGCAAUGGAGCUCGUCAAAACUUGAGUGGUGAAAACAUUUUUCAAGUUUUGCGUGCCCUUGGGUUUUCAUGAAGGCAGCUGCUGAUGUGUUGCAAGGCGUGUGGCUAAGGAUCUGGCCCCGAACGUAAUGCGAGCGUGCGUUUGGUAACAGGAGCUGCAGGUUCAGUGCAGGCCUGGCCGAGCAAAGAAUGGAUGAACUCCAGAGCGGCAUGUUAACGAAACUGUUGCCGUGAGUCGUAGAUGUGUUUGAUGCAAUUGAGUUAUGGUAGGGUCUCGUGCGCGCGUUUGUACUUGUUCCUUUUUUCUGCCGGCACGUCUGUCUGCAUGCACCGAGGUGUUCGCACGAAUAAUGCUGUGCUGAUACUAAUUUCGCGUUUAAAGCUGCCGGGAUCGGCUUAACCAUGUCUGAAACGAUGAGCAGUGGAAGCGACAACAGGAGCUUUGCGAUGGCGGUUAACUGGGCGUUUGAGGUUAUUUUCAAUGGAAGUUGCCACGGCAGAACUCAAUCAAUAUGUGUGAAGCAAAGCUAAGGGAUAAAAUCUGUCGCACGAUUUUGGUAUUAGGUUGCACACUAUUGCUUUCGCUCCUCCUCAGUUGCCCCAUUUCGGUUUUGCAGCAAGGCUGCAGGUGGCUUAAGGCACUCAAAUAGGUGUAGAUAGGAUUGUUGAUGUCCCCUUAGGCGGUUUACUUGUUGCUGUUGUAAGGGUAUCACUUUUGGGGUUUGGUCGUAGCCCUGGAUCAGGUGCAUUUCCGUGCAACGGUACGGCAACGGUAUGGCAAAAGAGUUGACGCGUGGCCGUGGGUUAUUGCGACGAAUUUAGCAACAACGGUUCUUAUAUCACAACAGUUUUAUCUCUAACUUUACAAAACGGGUAGGAUUGAUGGUGUUUGGUGGCUUGGAAAUGAAUGGAAAUGAAGUAAGCCUCGUGGAAGCCUGCAAUAUAACUCUCGGCAACUCUUGCAUGUUUUCAAUGUCUUUUGUCUUGUCGCUGCUCUGAUCCGAUUACGGUUUAGGCCUCUUGCGAUUGCCCAUUGCAAUUUAAUACGCAAUGACUGUUCGGCAGAGUAAAUUGGGGUUUGGAUGUCGACAAGAAUUCAACGUUUAGUAUUUAAAGUUAAUGGCCUCUGUGAUGUACCGUUUUUGGUAGUUGGUGGCACCCUGGGGUGGCUAGGGAUUAAUGGGUUGCUGGGGUAACUAGAACCAUUUCAGGUUUCGUUUGGGAUGUUCGGUUUCUGGCGGAGUCGGUGGGGGUGGUGGAUGGGAGGGAUUGGGAGCCGUGAGGCAACAAUGUAGGGUUUUGGUUCUGACACUGACCCACGGGUCUCUCCUGGGAACUUCAUUUUGUUGGGUCGCUGUAUGGGGUUUGCUUUGUGCCGUUGACAUAAGGGUGUGCCGGCCCGUGGGAUAGAGGUUCCGUUCAGCCACAUGAAUACCUACUUACGUCUUUCACGCACAACAAAUGCGAGCGUUGUACAUGUGACACGCUUCGGGCCCCCACGUAACCUAAACAAUUCCCUAAAUUCUUACUCGAACGCCAGCUAUUGAUGAGCGGUUUUUUUUAAAAUGCACGGUUUCGGAGCUUGGGUUUCGAGCACUGGCUAAGGACUGCGCCAAUUUAUGCGUGUUCAUGCAAUCCUGGGGCUAAGCUUUAAAAUAUUUAAGCCAUUUGCGUAUGCGCUGUAAACAAAGGGGC